AUGGCUUUGCGAAGUUCGGUCAAGAACUUGCCAAGUUCCUCAAUGUUUCAUUCCAUGGCGUGGCCUUUGCGCUGGGUCGGUUUGGAGGCCUGGAUUGCAAGCCCUUUGGCAGCCAGUGAGCAAGAAACUGACGAAGGCGGGUGGUUGGCAAGUGUGUUCCUGGCGCUUCUGAUUUGUUUGGCCAUCGCCGCUUUCUGCUGGAUGCAGCGACGCGAGCGUGUGAUCGAACAGUAUGCAGAGGAAGAGUCCCGCAUGCGCAACACUAUCGCAGAGGCUCAGGCCAGCAUCGAUGAGCAGGUGGAUGCAGAGAUCGCUGCUGCAAGCGCUGCAUCCGGAUCCAGUUUCACUGCAACUGCAGCGGCUUUGCCGCGGCCUUCCACGGGCAACGCACUCAACCAGCCCUUGCCUGCAAAGCCGAAAGUGUCCCUUCCUGGAUGUGGGCCAUUACCAGGUGAUGAUCCUAAGGCAGCGGCCACGCGGGCCAGCUUUGCGGCGACUGCACGUAGGUCAGUGGUCCAACGUCGAUCAUCUGAUGAGUACAUGAUAGGCGACACCAGCUUCAUGACCGUCGCCUCAGCUGCAGCCAGGGAAGCCACGCAGGCUUCAAAAGCGUCUACCAGGAAAUCGACGGCCUCAACAGCCACUUCUGAAGCCAGACGAAAGUCGGUGGCAGAUUUGGCUGAAGCCAGAAAAUCCUUGGUGGAGGUAAUGCAAAUGUACGGUCCCGACGAGGAACCAGCUGAUGCAAAGGUGAACAGGACAAGUCUCAGCGGAUGGUACUCUGAUGACAAGGACAAGCCUGAAAAUGAAGAAGCAGCAGCUGCUCGCGAACGAUCUCUGUCCAGUUGGUACGCAUCUGAGCAGGAGCGCCGCGUGUCCGUAGACCCCUCCAAGGCCGCAUGCCGACAGCCUGUCAGGUUUCGAGCCUGCCGAAUGUGUGAUAGCUCGUCAUGA